AUGUGCGCGAGAUCUCCAGAGAAGGGCAAAGAAGCAAUCGAAAACAUCAUGAAAAUGCACCCCUUUGCCAAGAUCGAUCUCCUGGAAAUGGAUCUAAUGGAUCUGGCCAGCGUUGUUGCAGCCGCCAAACACUUCCUGGCAAUCGAAACUGCCCUGCACGGUCUUGUCAACAAUGCAGGUAUCAUGGCCACGCCAUUUAAGAUGACCAAAGACAACUACGAGACCCAAUGGCAGACGAACUACCUCUCACAUUGGGUUUUCACAGAACACCUGCUUCCACUCAUGCGACAAACAGCAAAGUCGCUUCCUCCUGGAAGCGUGCGUAUCGUCAAUCUUAGUUCAUCCGGUCACUUAAGCGCGCCGAAAAUCGGAAUCAAUUUCGAGGACCUCUCGCUUAAAGACGGAAGUACAUAUCAAAGAUAUGGCCAGAGCAAACUCGCCAACAUACUGCAUACCAAAACACUGCAUAAGAGGUACGGGCCUGGCUCUCCUAGCGCUCGAGAUGGCAAGGGCGAAAUCUGGCUUCUGUCUGUCCAUCCGGGCUUGGUUGAGACGAAUCUCGGCGAGUCGAUUGCAGAGUCAGGAUCGAUGAUUGUGAACGGUGUCUUCUCCGUUUUCCGCAAACUUGGGUUCUUCUCCAAUGCCGACGAGGGAUCGUGGACUAGUCUAUAUGGUGUGGCGAAUUGGGAUAUGAAGGCGGAGCAGAGCGGUGAUUAUUUUGAAGUUCACCGACGGUUUGGAGAGCCGAGAUGGCAGAGUGCUGCGGCGAAAGAUGCGAAGCUUGCUGAGAGACUGGACGAGUGGACUAGGGAAGAGAUGAAGAAGCAGGGGUGGGUUUCAUGA